AUGUCUUCAUCUUCAAUUCCUCCAGGAGGUCUGAUUCUCGUUACCGGCGCCAAUGGCUAUGUCGCCAGCGUUGCCAUCCAAGUUUUCCUGCAGCGCGGCUACUGUGUCCGUGGUACUGUCCGCUCUCUCGCAUCCAAUGCUUGGAUGAAAACAUACUUCGGUCCAAAGUUCGAACUUGUUGAGGUACCCGAUAUCUAUGCCCCCGAUGCCUUCCAACGGUCUCUUAAAGGCGUGGACGGGGUCGCCCACAUCGCUAUGAACAUGGAUAUGAACCCACGAAACCAUGCGAUCAUUGAGCAAACUGUCCAAUCAAAUCUCCAGCUCCUGGAAGCUGCUGCAUUAGAACCAAGCAUCAAGAGCGUUGUCAUAACCUCGUCCCUGGCUGCGUGCGCGCUCCCGACAACUGGUACGCCGUACCGGAUUGACUCGACUACCUGGAAUACAGCAGCCAUUGAACAAACGUCCCAGCCGUGGAACAGCGAGGACAACCCCCGUUUGUAUGGAAUUAUGCUCUACGGAGCCUCUAAGGCACGUAGCGAGCAGGAAGCAUUCGCAUGGGUGCGCGAGCACAUGCCAGUCUUCUCCUUCAACACAGUCGUGCCUACCGUGAACUUUGGCACAGCUGUAUCCCCUGAGAACAUGAGCUAUCGCAGCACCUCAGCAGUUCUCGAUGCCAUUGCCAAGGGCUACCCAGCUGCACCGUCAGUUUUACCAUCACAGUGGUAUGUUGAUGUCGAGGAUACAGCAUUGCUGCUCUUGGGAGCCUUGACACUUGAAGAUGUGAGAAAUGAGCGUUUGCUAGCCUUUGCAGGCAGGUACACGUGGUCGCAGAUCCUUGAGAUCUUGCACAGACGAUACCCACGGCAGAUCAUGUUCAAACCCAUUGACGAAUCCGUCGUGGAUGCCGGCGAAGUGGAUAAUGAGCGCAGCAUUGAAGUGUUGAAGAAGAUGGGUAAGCAGGGAGGGUUUACCUCAUUGGAGGAUACCCUUGUUAAGGCCCUGGAUACUAUCUUCGAGAACCAGUCCAAGGAUGUGCCUAAGACGAGAAUAGAUCUCUAUUACCAGUCUAUCGCUGGAAAUGCAGCCGAUGAUAGUUGA